CGCUGAGCUCCUCCGCCAUUACGAAGUAGACGCGUAACGCGCAUACGCAGACGUAGAAGCCGGUUAUAUUACUGUUCGGUGCCCUUCAAAUGACACUGUUUCCGUGCUAGCCGCAGUGUAAGGUUCUGUUUUGCCACUUAUCCUCCGAAAACCAAAAACAUGAGUAAAAUUGGAAUCAACGGAUUCGGCCGUAUUGGUCGUCUGGUCCUGAGGGCUUCCCUCGAACGUGGCGGAGAGGUCGUCGCCAUCAACGACCCGUUCAUCGGUCUGGACUACAUGGUCUACAUGUUCAAGUAUGACUCCACCCACGGAAAGUUCAAGGGUGAAGUUACUGCCCAGGACGGUAAUUUGGUUGUCAACGGCAAAAAGAUCGCCGUCUUCAGCGAGCGUGACCCCAAGGCCAUCCCCUGGGCCAAGGCUGGUGCUGAAUACGUCGUAGAGUCUACCGGCGUUUUCACCACAAUUGAAAAAGCUUCAGCUCACUUGGAAGGUGGUGCCAAGAAAGUCAUAAUCUCCGCACCCUCUGCCGAUGCUCCCAUGUUCGUCGUUGGUGUCAACCUCGAUGCCUACGAUCCCAGCUACAAGGUCGUCUCUAAUGCUUCCUGUACCACCAACUGUCUAGCUCCUCUCGCUAAGGUUGUCCACGAUAACUUCGAAAUCGUCGAAGGUCUCAUGACUACUGUUCAUGCCACUACUGCUACGCAGAAGACCGUUGAUGGUCCUUCCGGCAAGCUGUGGCGUGAUGGACGUGGUGCUGCCCAAAACAUCAUUCCUGCGGCCACUGGUGCUGCCAAGGCAGUAGGAAAGGUCAUUCCUUCUCUGAAUGGUAAACUCACCGGAAUGGCUUUCCGUGUUCCUGUUGCCAACGUUUCCGUCGUCGAUUUGACUGUCCGUCUCGGCAAGCCUGCGACCUACGACGCUAUCAAGGCCAAGGUCAAGGAAGCUGCUGCCGCAGGUGGUCCUCUUGACGGUAUCCUGGGAUACACCGAGGAUGAUGUUGUCUCUUCGGACUUCAUCGGCGACAACCGCUCCAGCAUAUUUGACGCCAAGGCUGGAAUCCCGCUGAACGACCAGUUCGUUAAACUCAUCUCCUGGUACGAUAACGAGUUUGGCUACUCCAGCCGUGUUAUCGACCUCAUCAAGUUCAUGCAGACCAAGGACCAGUAAAGAGUCCUAGACGAGGAAAUACCCGAGUCAACGUAAUCAUCCCCAAACGCUGCUUCUGUCGUUUUGCGCCAUUUUCGAAGGAAUCGUCAUUGUGGUCAAAAUGCUGGAUGGACGUUGGUAUUCACGGUCAUGGAUAGGUGUAGUGUUGUAAACCGAGAAUCGGGGCGAGGGUGAAGGGAAGGGGACGUACUGUUCGAUGGGAUUCGAAGGGUCGACGUUCCCGUUGUUACAAAUUCUUAUGAGAAGAUUGUUCCGUCGAUAUCUUCCCCGCUGCCACGAGUACAAACUAUAGUCUAGCCGACUAUUAACUUCGUAGACAGUUUUUCGUUUUGCUGAUUCAAGGAUUAAUGAGAAAAAUUUGUUUUAAAUAAAUCUUUUAAGUGAUAUCCCUCGCCUUGUGCUCCGAACUUUUAAAAAAUUUCAUGAAACGCGGUCUAUGAUUGUCGAUGUAAUUUGCAUAGUUCAUUGUAAUUCCACCUAUGAUGAUAAUUACAUAUACACUUUUACGUGUUAA